UUGGCGAGCCGUUUAGGAAGGGUCAUUUUAAUGUGAAUGCCAUUGAAUUCCAAAUAUCGUGUUCCGGGUACGUGUGAGAUAAAUUCGGCGGUCCGAGGGUGCAUCCCCCGCCCUUCCCGCGCUCGGUCAGGCCACGCUCGGUCGACGCGGCAAUCGCGCGCCAUCCUCUGUCGCGGGAGGGCGCUGUCGUUGGUCGUCGCGUUCCCUCCUCACGUGCUCACUACUACAAACCUCGUAUACGUGCGUGUAUAUUAAAUGAACAAAAAAAAUGGGUUAGCGAACUGGAACACGACUUCGAUAUGAUAUUCGUUACUGAAUACAUAAGGAUUUAGGGAAUUGGUCCUCGAACAUGGAUGAUAGUUCACCGGAUUUGUCGCUAAAACUGCGACGCGGGUCCAGCGACUCUCGAGAGUCGUUUUAUAUGGACUUCGCUCAAGGCAUAGAUUCAGAUAUUGAAGAAGUGACGACCAUUGAAAGGGUCAUCCCCGAACAUCCGGGAGGGAGAACUGAAGGCGAUGCGGAUACGCUAGCAACACCGUCUUGCUUGGAUGAAAACAAGGAAUUGGCACAAUGCUGUUACUCCAUACCGGCGAACAACAUGUCUGGUGGCUCUCAUGUGUCGCGAACUACAUUCGGCGGAGCCGACUCCGAGAUGUCCAGUGGUAGUGCUCCACCGCUUCCCAGUCCAGCAUCGGCUGGAGCCGCACUAGUCUCGCCAGAAACUUUAAGCAGACACAGCAGUCCGCCCCCGCUACCUCCUCAUCCGUCGCACCAGCAUCCGGCGCCAUCUUGUUCUUCUCAUCGGGUACAUAUGGAGUCGCCCUUACGGAUGUCCAGUGCUCCAUCAAUGAACUUGGGUGGUUCAUUGUCGCUACAACCCAUGCUGUACGGAGCUGCGAGCGCUGGUUCGGCUCACGUUCCUCUGCCGCCAACAAGACGCUCACCACGACCUUCCAACACUAUACAGCAGAUGCACGUUAUAAGCGCAAGCGAUGCAUUAGCGACCACGUUGUCCGCUCUCUACGGGAAGCUGUUGGUGGUCAUGGGUGUCGCCUUUCCCAUGGCCGAAGUCAUAUCAACGUACAUUCCACCCUCGUUUUAUGAGGGUUUCUAUUUGUACCUGUACAUCGGCAGCAUGGUGUUCCUUUUGUAUAUGUACGCCGCUCUCGUAAGGGACAGAACGCGAUCUGGAAAGGAAACCGCUAUUGUUGCAAAGUCAGAAUCUAGUUCGACGCCAUCCGAAUCGGAUUCGUGUUCAUCGCACGAACAAAGUACUACGACAACGACACACGCGAUCCCACAGUUACCCGCCAAGAGAUUAUCCCUCGGAUUUGCAUUGGCCACCCGGACGCAUCACUACGGAAGUUUUUAUUUGCGAAUGGGAGCUGUUGCUUUUGGUAUCGGAUCAAUGAUAUACUCCGGGCUGGAAUUUGGUCAGUACUGGGAACUGGAGAGGAACACUAAUUGUCACAACGUCCUGCUGGCGCUGACACCCGCCACCAGAAUGGCCUUCAUCUUCAUACAGAUGUACUUUAUCUUUCUCAACAACGAGAUGAAAGUAUACAAACACAAGAUUGUGGCCAGGUUCGGUUUAAUGCACAUGGUUGGAACUAACCUCAGCGUGUGGUUGAAUGUAUUGGUUCAGGAAACGAAACACGAGAUACUGACCUUCUACGACCCGGAAAAUAAGACCAUUGGACUCUCGCAUAGACUAGCAUUCCAAAAGGCCUUCGCUUCUUUAGCUACUGAGGUGCCUCCGUCACAUCCGGCAGCGGCACAUCUCCGCGUUCCGAGAGGGCUGAAAGGACCGCAUCACAUUUUCGAAUGUAGACGUACUAACAUAAUGGGUACUCUCGUUCAAGAUGCAUCGCCUUUUCUGUUUCCUUGUACAAUUGAGUAUUCACUUAUCUGUGCGGCUAUACUUUACGUCAUGUGGAAAAAUAUCUCGAAAUAUCCAUCUAAAGACGUAGCGGCAGCAAUCGCCAAAGCUCGCAUACUCGAAGGCCUAGCUUACAAGAAGUCCCCACAUUUGUACAGCGUCGACUGCGCUAGAGCUCACAAGGGACUGUUUUUUGGAAUUCUCGUAUUAGUUCUAACGAUUAUAUCACUGAUCUUGUUCUUCGUUUUAGUAUCCAAAAAGGAAUACGCAUCAUUGGCGGUUGUCGAAGUGAACAUGUGUGAAUUGGCUCUUUACGCUAUGACGACUUUAGCUAGUUUGGCCGGAAUGUUUUGUGUAAGAAAUCUAAAGUAUGACGGAAACCGAAAUCUCGAACUCGAUAACAUACUUCUUGUUGGAGCUCAAACUGGCAUGUUCAUUUAUGGUACGUUUACCAUCAUCGGAGGGCACUUCACUAUAGAAAAGAACACGAUUCUGAUCUUGAUCACUGCUUUAUCUUCGUUAAUCCAAACAACAUGCCAGACGAUGUUCAUAUUGGAUGCGAGUCGUCGGUCGGCUAAGACUCCUGAACAAUUGAGAAAAAAGCCUGGCAGGGAAAUAGUGACGUUCUUAUUGGUAACCAACUUAGCCAUGUGGGCGAUCAACACACUGGAGAAAUCGCGCGCCGAAUCUCACCCAGUCCAGUUGCACUUUUACGGACUCUGGGCUUGGACGAUCAUAACGCAUGUCUCAAUGCCGCUAGCGAUUUUCUACAGAUUCCACUCGACCGUUUGCUUGUGUGAGAUUUGGAAGCGCGCUUACAAAAUGAAACCUGCCUACAUGUAGCGACGAAUCCGAAGGUAUUAAAGCCACCGGUAAAACAUAAUUGACUUUUGUGUAACGCAUUCGUAGUUUUUUCGAAGUUAGUCGGUGUUGGUUUAUCUGGAUGAAAGUGCCAUAAUUACAUCUAAGUCGGAUGGAUAGUGAAUACCGGAACUAAUUUUAUGACUCCUAUCAUUUUAUUAUUAUGAAUACAUAUUUAUAAACGUGUAGUUUUGAACAUGCUUAAUCUUAUUAUAAUCCGGUGUACACUUAUCUUGAUAUUAGUUUCGAAGUUGACUGCUAUAUGUUAAGUUAUUGUAUUUAAAAUAUUUUAACGUGUUAUUUAUUUGUAGCUUUAUGAGACGCUUUAAUGUUAUUAGCGAAGGUGCGUGCGUUGUUGAUAUCAGUAUUUUGCGAAUAAACGGGUCUAUACGUUUGGUUUUAAUGCUUUAAACGUAGAAGUUAUUUUUUUCUCAUGAUUAUAGCGUUAAUAAAUGUAUAGUUAAAAUAUUGGAUAUAUUAUAAGUAGAUUAUGUGUUCGUCUUUCGUCAUGUUCAUUAAUUAGAUGUAGCUAGGUGUAAGUUGUUCCAAGACGUGGCCCGCAUAAACAUUCCAGUUUUUUAAUAGUUUUCUUUACUAUUUUAUUAACAUCCUCACGUACUCAGAUUUAAAUGACAAUGUCUUCCAUUAGAUUAUAUUGUUUUGUACACAUUUCUGUUAGAACACAAACCUGUAGACUGUAGAGUUAAAUGAUAAAAUAAAUACCUAAAUAAUACAUUUUCCAUAGUUAAAAUGGGAGCAAUAAAUUAUCGACCUAAUAUUUUUUUGGGAAUUUUUGAUGUUUUAUCGAAAGAAAAAAAAAAAGAGUAAAAACUUGCAGUUACAGAUACAUGUACGAAGAGAUAAUAAUACGUUUUAUUAAUAUAACGAGUGUAAUCUUAUAGUCUGAAUUUAUAUUUGAGAUUUGUAGGUGUAUUUAUUCGGAUGGAAAUGUAGUGUCAGUAUUUUGGAUAAACUUUUAUUAGUAGAGAUUAACGUGCUGCGUAUCCAGUAAGUAGAUGAAAUAUGAACACCAAAGUUUUAUAAAGGGUAGGAAAUUUGGAGCUUACUAUUAUAGAUGUCAGAUCAUGAAUCGGUCGGUACCACAAUACACAAUGUAUCAAUAGAAUUAGCUAAUAAACAUUACGUCCAUUGCAUUAGGUUUUACGAAGCAUAAAUCAUUCAUUGACAGAGAUAAAAGUAUUUAAAGAAAUUUUACGAGGUUCAUUUGGCUUUGCAUAGUUCAAAUGGAAUUUACAUUUCGUCUAGAAUUGCAUGUAACUAGAUUUAGAAAACUUUAUAUACCUUCUCAUAGUUCGAUGUCGUAAAAUAAGGUAUAAUCAAUUGUUUCUAAUAUUUGAAACUGUAACAAAUAAGCAAUUUUGUAGGUCGUAUUCAAAUAUUAAGAUUACAGAAGAAGUACAUUACAGAAAUACAUUACAGAUAACGGCUGAUUCUGUAGGCUCAAUCAAAUCUUACUUUAACUAAAGGAUUUCUAAGUUAUUCACGGAAAAUUAUUAUUAGGGCAGUAUAACCGGAGUAUAAGAUGUAUCGGUUGAGUCUUAGGUACCUCUGUUUCCACUAUUAUUAAUAACUAAAGAUAUCGUUAGUAAUAUUUUACAGCCGCGUGAGUUCUGAAUAAUGUUCAUUCAUCAUGAUGACGGCAGGGUCACUAAAUAAUGUAUCAUUCCAACUAAUACUAAAAAAUAAAUAGUUAUUUAGUGACCCUGCUCUUAUCGAUCCCAGAUGUAUCGAUUUGUUAAAUUUAAUUAACCUCUGUAUUUCGAGUUUUUACUGUGUAGAUGUGUAUAAUAUGCGUUCAAAUACCUCAAAUUUUAUGUAAUUGCUGUUUUAUUGUGUUUAAUCAAUCGAUAUGUUAAAUCGUAUGCAUCUAAUUGUUUUUGCAUUUUCAUAAAAAUGACUAUUUGAGUUUUAUGUUGAACAAUUUUUUGUCGUCCUACAAGUUAUAUACGCAGAAAAUAGUGCUUGUUAUUUUUAUAUUAUUAUUGUUUCGUGUUGAAUAAACAGUAAUAAAAAUUUUGAUAGAGUUCUAUAAUAACGCUCAGUGGUGUCCGUAAGACUAAUUUUUUAUAACAUCUUUUUAAGUAACAGCUCAAAACAUUAGUCAACAAUUUGAUUGGUUUUAUUCAAACUAGAAUAUGAACUCAUCAAAUAGGAGGUUUGCAGCUGGUAAAAUGAUUAUUGAGAUAAUGAGAGAUUGAUGAUUAUUUAAAUCCUGUAUGCCAUGAAAACACAUUGAAAUACACAUAAUAAUAUGUAUUAUAAAAUAUAUAAUAAUAUAUAGUAUAAGUGUUGUUUUGAAACGACCCGAUGAUAGUCCACAUGAAUUCUCAACUACAAUCAGUAUUUUUGUUAAAGAUAUUUUUUAUUUAAGGUGUAGUUAAUUUUGUUGUUAGUCGUGACGAUCGCGUCAACGGACGAUCGGGGAUCCUCGGGGUGACGCCCCGGGUCUGGUUGUAUUGUUGACCGCGGAAACCCGAGGUCAGAACCCGAUACCCGGAUUCUGACCUCGGGCGGAAAUCGAACGUCGGGAGUCGUUAUGUGGGUAGGGACCUAAAAACAUCCUUUGGCCCGCGGUUAACUCUGAACACCUGUGAACCGUUAAUGCUUAUGUGCCCCGCGCGCCCUCAUGCAUGAGGCUUGAUGCCGUGCCCGAAAAAAAAAGUAACUACUUUGGCAGAACGAAAUUAACAGUAAAAGCGAUACAGCUUACAUUUGCUAAUCCUAGUACCGGUUCAGUGAUAGUUUCAAUCUUAUGUUUAUAUGUAAAUAUAAAUGCGAUGUAUUCAUGCGUUGGAAAAACAAUUAUAUAAUAAUAUCAUGGAUAUGUAACUUCAUACAAAUAAUACAAUACAUGAUAAACAAUUACAUCCACGUAUACAAAUUAAUAUGAUUUGUUGCUAUUUUAAUGUGUUAUUAUUUUAUUAUGUUAUUGUUGUAAGUGUGCAUCGUUGAAGGCAUAUUUUAAUAUCUUUCGAUCUCUCGAAGAGAUUGCUCUUAGUAAUAGGACCGCCCAUUGUCCUUUUGUGUAGAACGUUUUGCAUUUGUUUUUCAUUAUCUUGACGUACAAUCAAACUUUCUAUGCUUCCUAGUACACGAGCCAGCAAUGCAGAUGUAGCAUUGAGGGUUCUGUAUAAAGGAAUUGCACACUUUUACUGAAUACAAAUGAUCUUAUUGACCACCGUAUAUUUGUAUAUAAAUUUUUGAUUUACAUAGCUUAUAUCGAUUUUUUUAAUUGAUGUUAAUUAGAGUAGCUUCAAUUAUAUGAUUAUUACCAAAAAUGCUUAGCUACUACGAUUUCAGAAUUGCCUAGACAUAAAAGAUCAGAGGUACUGACGUAUUUCAAAUAAUUGCUAGACCGGCGAUGGAGUCGCCAUUUAAUCUUUAUUGUGCUAACCCUUCUAGGUACAGCGGUGUAGAUUACUGUAAAUAUGUAAUUGAUAAUUACUUACUUCAUCCAAACAUAAAACCUUUAAUAUACUUUAAGGAAAUAUUAAAAAAUUGCUUACUAGUAUUAUAAAUGGGAUGAGGAACAUUUAUUGUGCUCAAAUUAGUUUUCAAUCAUCCAAAUAACACUAAAUUUUAAUGGUAUAUACUCGUAGAUUCAAUUGACAGAUUUUCUAAAGCAUUCGAAUGUUUUUAUAUAAUUCUGCCUCAAUGUUGUUUCUCUAUUUAAUUAAAAAAAAUACUAUUCUUGAUGUCACAUGUUAGUUUAUAUUCUUUUAAAAUAUUAUUCAUAGAUGUCACAAGUUAUAAUAUAAACUAUUUUGGCCACUUUUUGGCCAAACUAUAGAGGUUGGGCCAAACUUUACAUUACGGACACUUAUCAAUCGUUUCUGCGAACCCAUGACGUUUUAAGCAUGGGAUUUUAGUAUGUUGUGUGUAUUAGAUAUUACUAAUCUUUUUUGAAUUUUCUGAACACGUGCUCAAAAUUUGUCUCACGUGACGAUUGCUCUCGUAUGUUAUAGAAUAAUAAACACAUGUGGCGGUAGCCAUCAUACAACACAAGAUAUGUAUUUGACAAAUGCCUGAAUCUCACUUACGACAUUUUCAAGAUAAGCUUGCAUAAAUACAAGUUCCGAACAACAACAUUCGGACCAUCGGUCUACCGAGCAAUAUCACCCGCUCGGUGGAAGAUCUUCCCGUCAUGAUAAUCGCCUUAUCGUUGCCGCCGCUGACUACUCCCCGAAUCCUGAUCAUGCAGGAGCCAGUCACCGUCGACGCCCUAGACACGUCCUUACGGAUCCAUCAGAUCCAAUAACCUUUGCACUAGACGCUUUCAGCUCUAGGAGCAGGCUUAGGGACCUCGGUAUCCGUACUCGUCGAACUCGACAAAGAGUUCGCCGUGCAACCUAACCCAUGAAUCAGCUCGCUGAGUUUCUCGCCGGAUCUUCUCAGCGGGUCGCGAUUCCGAUCCGGUAGUAGAUUCAUUCGCGAAGCAGCUACUCUGGAGUUGUUAGGUCUCCUUCGGAGGCGCUCGGGUAGCUGUUAGCAAAUCCCACCCCUCCUGGCUGAGCCUUUGCUCGCCCACCUGUCCUGGUGAAACUGGAAAGGCCUUCGGGCCACCAGUAAACUUUCAAUCAUAAAAAAAAAAAAAAAAAAAUCUUCCCUUUGUCGUAUAUUUACACACACAUUAAAUGUGUUAAAGAGCUAAACAUGUAAUGUAAUUAAUAAAUGAAAUGAUUAUUUGGAAUUGGAGAUCAAAAUUAAGCGGGUGCGUUAAUAGAAAACCGUGCUUUAAAUAUAGACGUUGCCAAGAAUUGUGGCUUUGAAAGAAAAAAGUUAAUCUAACUGACUACUUAACCUAUUGUGUUGCCUGAGUCAGUAUUACAUUAUUACAUCACUGUCUUUUAUCAUAGGUAAAGGAUAACUGCUAUUCAAGUGAACGAGUCUCACUUAGAGUUAAGUUAUUUCCACAGCUCAUGGACAUCACCCACUUUGAGACAUCCGGCUGAGUCUCAAUUACAUAGUACAACGCCUGGGCUGAUCUAGCUAAUAUUAAAAGCGGAUAACAUUAUUGUUUUGUUGCAGAAAUGGGCACUGUAGUGGUACGCGGAUUCACAGUGCAAACUACCAGUAAUUACGCGAUACUGUUCCGUCGUCACUGAAGGGAUACAGUGAUUUUUUUUAUUGCUUAGUUGGGUGGACGAGUUCACAGCCCACCUGGUGUUAAGUGGUCACUGGAGCCCAUAGACAUCGGCAAUCGUAUAGUUACAACGGCUGCCCCACCCUUCAAACCGAAACGCAUUACUGCUUCCCGGCAGAAAUAGGGAGGUGGUGGUACACUACCCGUGCGUACUGACAAAAGGUCCUACCACCAGUAAUUACGCAAAUUAAAGUUUGGGUUUUUUUAUUUUUAUUACACUAUGUUAUUCCUUCACCGUGGAAGUCAAUCGUGAGCAUUUGUUAAGUACGUAUUUCAUUAGAAAAAAUGGUACCCGCCUGCGGGAUUCGAACACCGGCGCAUCGCUAGAUAUGUAGGUACGAAUGCAUCAGACGUCUUAUCCUUUAGGCCACGACGACUUCAAAAUGAACGAACAUGAAUAUUAUUUAAGUUCGUAUUAGAUUAGAAAAUGUCGUCUGGUUAUUUAGAUUAUCAUUGGCAAAAUCGCAACGCUACACUUAUACGAAUACAUCGGGAGUCUUAAACUAUAUUUUUUUAUAAAUAACCUACAUCUUUAUAUGGAGUAAUGAGUACCUUAGCUUAUUCCAACUACUAAAGUAACAAAUAUAGUAAUGAGUUCCUCGUCUGUUCUCUUAAAUUGCCUAAAUCCUGAAGUUUAAGACUUCAUUGCUUUAGCAGAUAAUAUGUUCGUUAGUACGAUAAAAGGUAAUUAAUUAUUCGCGGGGCUAUACGUUCCGUGAAUAUGCCGCGAAUAUAAAAACUGACAAUGGAAUGCGCGUUUAUAAAAGGUAUUCGGUUGGAUACCCACAUAUUGGAAUCCUUUUUAACAAUGAAUGUACCGAUGUACCGAUUAAAUCCGCGAAUAGAAAAAUCUUUAGCCGCCAACAUAGGAGUUGGGUCCCAUUUUUUUUAUCCGCGAUAGAAGGAAGCGCGAUUAAGGAGCUUUUACUAUAGUUACAAAUAAUAGUAAUGAUAGAAUAUGGGCAUACAGUAUUAAUUUAAUAAAUUGUAGUAACAGUGUUAUUAAAGAGUUUAAUUAGCUUGUCCCUUCUCCAUCCACACCAAAUAUUCGUUAAUUCUUAUGAUGUUAACUUUUACAUUUUUAUGUAAUUUUAUUGCUUUUUAUAAAGUUAAUAGUGAUACUAGCAUUAACGUUUUAAAUUCUAUUUGUGUCGUAACUAUAUUUAUUAAACUAAAAUUAUGUAUAUUUAAUACAUAUAGAAUAGUAUAGCUCUAAGACUGUCCUUUAAAUGUUUGAUGUUUCCGAACAAAUAAAAUUUUCUUGUAUUUUACUCUAAAUUA